GAUGGAGUGGAAGACAGCCCACCCCGACGCAAACAAUCCGGUCGGUCAUGAUAGGACGGAACUCUUUGGUCACGGGAGGCCCUCGGCCAGUCAGUGCAUCCGAUUUAGUCGCAUUGUCAAGGUCUCACCGUUCGGAGACCUCGUGCUGGUCCGUGCGUGCAUAUUGGCGUCGUAGUGCGGAUUGUUCCGAAAGCGAAGGGCUGAUUCAAUUACGGUAAUCGGUUCCAGGCGAGCCCUCGUGAAGAUUAGGGUUGAUGACGACAUGUGAGGGAGCAGUGUUGGUUCGACUUCAUCAUUACAGCAGGCGUGGAAAAGUGUGAUCGUGUUUUCGUCGCCUACUUAGGCAUGGUAUACUACAUUGGUUAGGGCGAUUGGAAGGUGAUUUCGUUCGAUUUGCAAACCACCGAAUCGAAUAGCGGCGGCAGCUCUGGAAGUGUGACGGAACACCGUGGUCGCAGAGACAGAGACGUUGAUUGUGAAAAUUCGAUUUUUUUGUACUUGUCAAUUUACAUAAUAUUUAGGUGGGUGCGCGCGCAACUCCGCGUGGAUUGCGAUAACAAUGGCGGGUGGGAAAUAAGUGAAAUUUCACCCUUUGGUCGCGAGUCAAGUGAAGCGUGAAGAAACAGCCGAUCUCAAUGAACCGCCAAGUGACGGUAGAGGUGCUAACAAACGGUGUGGCUGAGGAAAUUUUUGCGAAACAAAUUUGGUGUUGGUGCAAAAUGCAGUGACAUUUGGAGAUCGCGGUGAGAUUCAUCCAAAGCUUAUCGGGAUAACAUUUUAGCUCAACGAACAAGACGACCCUGGAUUAAGUGCUCCGUCUGCGUCUCCGACCCAUAGAUCGCUCACCGAAGAUAACUGAAAGUGAAAGAGUUCCGAACAAGCCACCGCCGCAGCCGCGGAAAAAAACCUUCACUAUAAGUUCAGGAUCGGCUCGGGGGCAAAAACAUGAGGUAGUAGUAGCUGCCAUACCUAACCGUUAAGUAAUGUUCCAGGGGAGGCUUCAUCACAGAAGACCACAAAACCACGCGCCGCCGGUGGUGCCGUCAAUGUGCUCGGAACAGAAGAAGAAAGUGAAAUGAAGAGAUUAUGAGAGUACGAACACGAUUAAAACAUCUGGUUGGAUUCCUGCAUAGUUGAAGCGAUUAACUGCAUCUGGGGCCCCCCAUUUGGUAGUGUGUGAUCAAGCGACGAGCACAGCUGCAGUCGUCGGCGUCGUCUAAUCCGAAAGGAAGUUCAACAUUCGUGUGCGCGCGCGUGCCGGCGCUAAGUGUGUGAAGAAGCAAAACGAACGAAAUUGCAGCAAAACAAGUGGAAUAAUUGAAACAAACAAAUAAAUAGCGCGCGCGAAUAAGAUAAGAGCAACAAACAAAGCAACAACAAAAAAUGAAGUUCAAUCCGACGGCUGUGAUAGUGACCGUUGUUGGUGUUCUGCUGGCGGUGGCGGUGCGAAGAUGUCGAGCAGCGACGGCCUGGUACAACAAUCAGACCGAAGUGGACGACUACCGGGGCGGUCGGUUUUUGUUCGAUGCACUCUUCGGGCUUGAUACGGCUGGCUUUUCGCUCGGUGACGACGAUGGACCGGAGGCGACCAACCAGGUCAGAGGCUGCGAUUGCGAGUGCGGCACUGCCAAUCAAGAGACUCGCAUCGUGGGAGGACGGCCAACCGGCGUGAACCAAUACCCCUGGCUUGCUCGGCUGGUUUAUGAUGGCCAGUUCCACUGCGGCGCUUCCCUGCUGACUCGAGAUUACGUGCUCACAGCUGCCCAUUGCGUUCGAAGAUUAAAACGAAACAAGAUUCGCGUCAUCCUGGGCGAUCACGAUCAGUUCCUAACGACAGAGACGGAGGCAAUCCAACGGGCAGUGACGGCCAUCAUCCGGCACAGGAGUUUCGAUCAGAACUCGUACAACCAUGACAUCGCACUGCUGAAGUUGAGAAAGCCAGUGGAAUUGAGUAAAACAAUUAAACCGGUGUGUCUUCCCAAGGAUCGCAGUGAACCUGCUGGAUUAACCGGAACCGUCGUGGGAUGGGGACGCACGUCAGAAGGCGGAACACUGCCUGGAAUCGUUCAGCACGUGGAUGUACCCAUUCUGACGCUGGAUCAGUGCCGAAGUAUGAAGUACCGAGCUUCACGAAUUACAUCAAAUAUGUUAUGUGCCGGCAAGGGAAAGCAAGAUUCCUGCCAAGGUGAUUCUGGUGGACCGUUGCUGGUGCGACAUGGCGAAAAACACGAAAUCGUUGGCAUUGUUUCGUGGGGUGUUGGAUGUGGACGAGCGGGCUAUCCAGGAGUUUACACCAGGGUUGCACGGUAUUUGCCCUGGAUCCGGGCCAACAUGGAUGAUACUUGUUUGUGUACGAAAUAAAACUCGAUCGAAUGGGUUCUUGCGACUACUGCUUCUAAUUUUACUAGAAAUCAUCGAUUGUUGAGAGAGAGAUCAACAAACGCUGAUGUAACAAAUGGUGCGUAUCGAAGGAUGUAAAUAAAUAGAACGAAAUGACGAGGA